AUGCCAAACGCAUUUGACUUUUCUGGAGCAGCGGCUGUAUUACCCGUUCUGUGUGGCAUGGACAUUGGUCACUGCUCUGAUGACCUGCCGGUGCACUUCCCCACUCCUGAACCAGGCCUCACCUUCCCAAGGGGAGCCAUUAUGACAUACACCGCAGCCGCGCACGAAAGUCGGGUGGUCCCCUGUUUCCAGGACAGUGUCUCCCUGUGUGACCCGGGCUCAAUGGGGUGUUCGGGUUCGGCUCAGCAGCCGGCGUUCUGCCAGCGGAUGACGGAGCGCUCACUCUGCCACGCCGUGCCCGGCUGCGCUGUGGCUGUAGGCCUGGAGGCCAGGCCGUACCGGAGCUUGGAGAACCUUCACUGGACCGCGGUGGCUGAGGGCAACGUUCACUCGCUCAGCCCGCCUUGCCAGGGCGCCGGGAGGGAGUUCGCCUUCCGCUGCCGGACGACCAGCGAUUGGUAUGAGGUCUCGACGGGGCGCCCCGACGUCGACAGCCUGCUGCGCGCUAGCAUUGGUCCACGGUCAGGGAGGCCCAAGGUGGGACACCCACUGCCAUUCACCAAAGUGCCGCAGUGGCUUUUCCCUUCAAAGACCGAGAAGGCCCUGAACAGCGGAGCUAAGAAGGAGCUGAAAGAGAAGCUCCGGUUCCAGAGCCCCAAGGCGGCGGAGAUUGGUAAACCUGUCCGCCCUCAGGCCUUUCCUGAGGAUCUCUCUGCUUCGAAGGACUGCGUUGGAAGGGUGAACCAUGGCCACUGCCCGUCACGGUACGGCAAGAUGUUGAGCAACCCCUUGGUGGCCAUGCCUUCCCAGAACGGCUGCUCAGCUCCUCAGCAGCGAUUGAGCAGUCCCGCGGAGAUCAAGGAGGAAGCCCUGCGGAGGUUGAAGCUGCGCCGUCAGAACAGCACGCCGAACCUGAUAACCGUCCCCUCCAAGGAGGAGGGUGGCGAGGUGGUGAAGUCCCAGACCACGGAGCUGCUGCGCCAGCCUGGAAAGAACACUCCAAAAGAGCCGUCAACAGUGGUGUCUGAAAGGAGGCGAGCCUUCAAGGCGCGGGUCCACAUUCCCUCGUUCGAAGAGUUCAAAAAGAUGAGGAGGAGAGAGAGAUGCCACUCUCCAAGCACCGAGGCUCAGCCGCAGGAAAGCAAGAGUUUUGCCACUCUCUGCUGCACAGUGAGGAGGGUGACCGGUGGCAGUUGUCCAUCACUGACUAAGAUGGACCACCACACCCCGCGGAGGCGGCAGUCCUUCAGAUGCCAGGGACUCGCUUGCUAUGGCCUCAGACCCUGCCGCUGUCAACCAGAAUCCCAACAGCCUUGUUCACAGAAUGGCCUUACGCCUACUGGGAGCGAAGGCCCUGGGAAGGCCUCUCCAGCCCUACCCAUCCAGGCGAUGACCAGCCUGGGGGAGCAUGGUGUCUCCCCAGACCCGAUCUGCACCAGCCCGGCUCCUGGGUCACCCUUACAGACAGAAGUGACCCUGCCCCAUGAGUGUGAGGACCUGGCGAAGAGGCCAGAGCUUGCAAACCGGACAGGAUUCGGUCAGAGCUUUAGCUGCGCGGAGAAGAACAUAGCAGGAGAGGCCCAGCUGUCUUGUUGUCCUUCGGUCCUAUUGGAAACAGCUGCCGAUCUCUCUGGCUAUGGCGUCAGGUUUCAGCAGAUGAAAGACGGCCUGAUAGGCUCAGCCAUUGACCUCAUCAAGAAAAGCUGCACUGCAGAAACUGCGGCUGGACCAUCAGCCCAUCUCCAGGAGCUGGGUGACAUCACCGUAGGGAAACAGGACAAUCAAUCAAGCCCGGUUUCCACGGCGACCCCAGACUGCGGCGCAGAAGGCGAUCGGAAACCUGCUGGUGUUCGUCGGCAGACAGAUUGUCAUUCGCUCCCUGGAUGUCGGAGGUCAAGCUCUGACGCAGCCUAUGGGACGACGGAGAGUGCCAAGGCCCAACGUGAAUGCCGCCUGCGACCCCAUUUCAGCGACCCCAUGCCAGCCGAUGCAGUCAAGCGGAAGCAGUUGGAGAUGAGGAUAGCAGCUGCCGCUUGGGGCCUUGGCCAGAAGAGACGCCAAGACAAGGACAGCAGCAGUGGGAGUGAACUGGCUGAAUCCUCUUCCAGCUCAAAGCCAAGAGACGGUUACCAGGGAGCUGGCUCUGACAACAGAUCAAAGCAUCGCUGGAGUAGCCUCAGCACAGACAGUGGUGUGGUUGGACUGAAUGACAGGAGUGAAGAGAGGGAGGAAGAAGAGGACGAGCGGGCAAGGAAGGGCAAAACAGCAGAAGUAGAGAGAGCGGACAGCGGUAUUGGGCCAGCUAUGGCCAAGAAAUGGAAAAGUCGGGUGGGGGAGACGGCGCGCUCAGUGCAGGCCUGGGUUGUCCAUCGACCCUGUGUCGACUGCGGAGAGAGAGACACCUCAGAAACAGACCUGAGGGAUGCCAUGAAGAUACGGGAGAACCUCUGUGGACAGUGUGCAAAGCGCAGGACUGAGCGUAAGGAGGCCAUCUUGGAAUUUGUCAACACAGAAUCCAGCUAUGGGGAGGACCUACGCAUCAUCAAGGAGGAAUUUUACCUCCCCAUGCAGGCGGCUGGACUCCUGACCCCAGAUCAGCUAGCAGUGAUCUUCAGUAACAUACAGGAACUCAUAGAGGUUAAUGAGAAAUUUCUCGAGAGGCUGCAUGACUCCACUGAACAAGCCUUUGAUCAGGAUGAUGAGGACUUUUUAACCGUGUGCAUUGGCGAAAUGUUCCUUGAGUUUGUUAACAUGCUGCCAGCAUUUCAGACUUACUGCAUCCAUCAGUCUACCUCCAUCAACAUGCUGAACACACUGGAGAAAGAGAAGGAACUCCUCAGGAUCUUCCUGGACGUGUCGCAGAAUGACAACACUGCACUGCGUCGGAUGAAUCUGAGAUCAUUCCUGAUGGCUCCACUGCAACGGGUCACCAAGUAUCCCCUCCUCCUUAGCCGGAUCAGUAACUCCACGCCAGAGUACCACCCAGACCACUGCAGCCUGCGGGAGGCCAAGAGCAGGGUGGAGUCCCACCUGGAGCACAUCAACAUGAAGACCAAGCAGGAGGCCGCCCCACCCUGGUCGCUGCGUUCCUUCCGUCGGGACAGCCGGCGUAACCGUGAGGUAGUCAACAUUGAGAUGAGGGAGAUCGCCAUCAAGGCGCUGGGCUGGUCGCGGGAGGAUACCCGCUUCCCAAUGGAGGGUGCACUGCAGUCCUCUCAGCCCAGCGAUGGCCAGUGGGCCAAGAAGGGAAGCAGGGCACUCAAGUUCCAGACUCUCCAGGUGCUUCUGAUGGUCAACGUGGGCCGGGAGUCGGAGCCCAGCCAAGACGGCGUGGUGGCUGGGGGCAGGUGGGACCCGCCGGUGCGGGACGCUGCGCUGGUGCUGAUCAGGGACAAGAGCGGCGGCAAGUUUUCCCUGUUCCGCCACCCCAUCCAUCUCAGCCACUGCGUGGUGUCCUCGGACCCAGACUGUGAUGACACAUUCGAGCUGCUGGACAUCCGAAAGGAGGCGUUCGUCUUCCGCGACGCCGACAGGCACCGGACCCGUCACUGGUUCAGGCUGAUCAAGCGCUAUUCGCGGGAUCUGGGCUCCUGGCGUAAAAGACGUAACGCACUCCCCAACAUCAUGAUCAACGCGACUUACAGCCGGUCCUGA